CAUCGACCUGCAGUCCAUGAACCAGUUCCGCCAAGACACGGGCUAAACUGUCCUCAUGAUUGUCCCACUGCAAGGUGCACAAAUGCUGCAGAUGCUGGAGAAAUCCUUGAGGAAGUAUCUUCCUGAAUCCUUAAAGGUUUAUGGGACUGUCUAUCACAUUAACCAUGGAAACCCAUUCAACCUAAAAGCCCUAGUUGACAAGUGGCCUGGUUUUAACACAGUGGUUGUCCGCCCUCAGGAGCAGGAUAUGGCAGAUGACCUUGAUUACUAUACCAAUACUUACCAAAUCUACUCUAAAGACCCCCAGAACUGUCAGGAAUUCCUGAACUCCCCAGAAGUAAUCAACUGGAAACAACAUUUGCAGAUUCAAAGUUCCCAGUCCCGCCUGAAUGAGGCAAUACAAAAUCUUGCAAACAUUCAGUCUUUCCAAGUCAAUCGCUCAGAAAACAUCCUCUUCGUGGAGUCAGAGACAAUCAAGACACUGUUCCCUUCCCUGCUGGAUACAAAGAAAUUGUCACCAGGCAAUGGCAAGCCCAAGGCCAUCAAUCAAGACAUGUUUAAACUUUCAUCCUUGGAUGUUACCCAUGCUGCCUUGGUAAACAAAUUCUGGCUUUUUGGUGGCAAUGAGAGGAGCCAGAGAUUCAUCGAACGUUGUAUAAAGAAAUUCCCAAGUUCCUGUGUCUUGGGACCUGAGGGGACCCCUGCAUCCUGGACCCUAAUGGAUCAAACUGGAGAGAUUCGAAUGGGAGGCACCAUGCCUCAGUACCGGGCUCAAGGUCUUGUCUCCUUUGUUGUCUAUUCACAAAGCCAGAUUAUGAAGAAACGUGGCUUUCCUAUUUAUUCUCACACAGACAAAAGCAAUACUGCUAUGCAAAAAAUGAGUUACUCACUACAGCAUCUCAUCAUGCCCUGUGCCUGGAACCAAUGGAAGUGUGUGCCUGUGUGAAGAUGGCCUCAAACACAAGAUGGUGGUGGGUGGGCCUGGGGAUGUAAUUGGAUGGCGGACCAAGAGUAGAGGUGACCAAAAAGAAAGAAUAAACGGAAACCAGGUGCAAAGGAGUUAUACUAUGUGUGCUCUGGGGAAGCAGUGAGAAUGGCUGACAGACCUGCCAUUGUCCCUGUACCUGAGUUCAAAACUGGCCUAUGUCCUUCUGUACUGAACUUAUGUAAUGUAGUCCCUUCACAUUUCUAGGAUCUAUAUGACACUCCCUUAUCAAAUGCAUAGAGCUCCAAAUGGUCCCUCUUGGAAGCCCUAGUGCACAACUUGGAGACCUGCUAACCUGGCUAGUGAUGACGAGAUAAUGUUUUCUGGCUACUGUGCCUUUUCCCUCUCUGCCUAUGGCCUUUCCUUCAGUGAUCAGCAAGUGUAUUCUCUACAUCAGGUCUUAAGAAAGUAGCACUCCUCUGUUAGCUGCUUCACAUAUAUUAAAUACAUUAUGCAUGGAUCAUAUAGUUUAUCAGAUUAAACACAAUAUACAUAAAAUAGCAAAGGAAGAUAUUAAGGAAAAGCCUAACGUAGGUUUCCAGUUCCUUCUUAGUUCCAAGAAAAUUAUGCAAUGUGGCUUUCAAAGACUUGGAUUUCCAGCCCAUUGAAACCCUUUAGGAGUAAAUAGAGUGUGCAGUUGGUUGCACAAGCAUAAGCUAGAUGGCUUAUGCUAAGGAGAACAAAUGGUAAGUCGUGGAGAGUAAAAUAUGGAUGCACCCAGGUAGGAGCUGAGGGCAGAGAAGCCCAGCCAGGACAUUUACUGUCCUAUCUCUUCUUAUGACAUUAUACUUCUGGUGCCUGAAUCUAUUAAGCACAGACAGUUAUGUCAUGGGAAGGCAUAUUGCUAAUGGAGCAGAAGGAGAGAGCUCCUAGGUUGGGACAUGUUUGCUAGGACAGUUCUCUGGACAGCAGAGUGCUCUGUAAAGAAGAUGACAUCAUUCCUUUUCAUCUCUACCCUGGUGUUAUGUUAUAGAAGUGGAGAUCCAGUCCUACACCACCAAGUCCAAAGUCAUGGCUGAAGUUUAAUUUCUUGGGAAGUGAAGACACUGGAGGUUCAGCUGAGAGCAGGGUUUCUCAGUUUUGGCACGGUGGACAUGUAUCACUGUAUGAUCCCAUAUUCCAGGGGCUAGGAUGUUUGCCAGGUCCCUACUCAUAAGGUGUGAGAAGAACAUUCCAUCACUCUUUUUUUCUAGUUCCCCCCUCUGUGAG